AUGAAGGGUAUCCGGCCCUCACGAUGGGGUGGGCAGCUCCUCCACGCCCGCUCCAGUCCCGCCACCAUCCCAAGGAGAAAUUUCCUAGCCAGCACCGUCCGCUGCCAAUCGACAGUCCAAGAACCCGCCGAGGACCUAAUUGACCAGAUCCCCGAAGAGGGGGAGACCCUGCCCAGGAAGCUGCCGUCUCCUCUGCCCGAAAAGGCCUUACAAUCAGCCAAGCUCGCCGCCCUACACUCCCGACUAUCCCUCUCCAAGAAAAUCCCACUCCAGACUCUGGCACGAGCCCUUGUCACACCUUCAGCAGAUCCCAACUCCAGCUUUAAUAACGCAAAUCUCGCCUUCCUGGGCAGCACCAUUAUCAACUACCAUGUCGCCGAGUACAUCACCUGCAAAUGGCCUCGUCUACCCAUGGUCAUCCACUACGAAGCCCUGAGAGCGUUCUCCGGCCCCGAGUCACUGGCCCAGAUCUCCCGCCGCUGGGGUGUCGAGGCUGCUGCCGCUCCCGGCGAGGAGGUCGAUCCCGGACUGCUCCAAUGGACCUCCAACUCCGGCCCUCUGGUGGGCACCCGAUGGGGAGGCUACGUCCGCGCCGAGACCGACCGCAAGCACAGCUUCUACCGCCGCGGCAUGAGCAGCCGUGUUGUCCUGGACAGCGACUUCGGAGAUGCCGUCGACGCCGGGUCUGUGGAGGACGCGCACCAGCACAAUCACGACACCUCGUUCUCGUCCUUUGUCCAGGCCGUCGUCGGUGCCAUCUACAGCCACUCCGGCCGUGAGGCCGCUAAAGACUUUGUCGAGUCUCACAUCCUCUCACGACAGGUCGACCUGUCGUCUCUGUUCGAGUUCCAGCUGCCAACUCGCGAGCUUGCCAUGCUGUGCGCCCGUGAAGGCUUCGAGCCCCCUCUGGCUCGCUUGGAGAGCGAGACUGGUCGGCACUCUCGUACUCCCGUCUACGUGGUGGGCAUCUACAGUGGCAAGGAGAAGCUCGGAGAGGGCAAUGCCCCCAGCUUGGAUUACGCCAGGCGGAAGGCGUGCAUGAAUGCGCUAAAGUCAUGGUACCUGUAUAGCCCCGGCAACAAAGUACGUGUGCCGAGCGACAUGAUGGAGGAGGGCGCAAAGCCGUGGAAGGCACCUCACAUUGAUAUUGGAGAGGUAAUCUAA